AUGUCACAACCCGCAGCGGCCCCGGGAUUAACCCCGCCACCGCCCCGCUCCCGCCAGCCCUUCUGCCCCGGGCCCGCCGCUCCUCCGGCCCCUCGGCUCCGGCGGGCCGCGGCCCCCCCGCCUCUCCAGGGCCCGCCGCCCGGCAAACGCUGUGCGGGACCGGGACCGCGGCGGACCCUUUCCACCGCACUCACCGGCGCGGUGCUGGCCGCCCGGCCCAGGCAGAGCCAGGACUCCAGCCCCGGCGGCGGGAGCGAGCGAGGCGGGCUCAGGGCGGCGGAACCGGCACCGUGCGGCGGCGGGAAGGGGCGGGCCGUGAGCUCACAUCCUGCGCUGUGCUUUGAGGGAUCGGCGGGCCGGCAGCCAGCGGGGCUGGGUCUGGCCCUGGCCCUCGGACCUGGCUCGACAACUCCGGCGUGCGACGCUUGGACGAAGAGCAAACACCUUUGCCGACGGCGGUGGGACGCCUUCUACUUCAGCGAGGCUUCUUCCGCAGCGAGGCUUCUUCCGUACCGAGGCGAGGCGGCCCCACACCGAUCUCCGCCAGCACUCGCCCUGCCCAGCGGGGCCCUCACAGAAGCCGGUGGCGCGGGGUCCCAAGAGGCUGCCCCGAGCAGGAGGGGCAGACCCACCAAGCCUUUGCGCUCCCGGGACCGCACGCAGAAGCGCCAAUGGCGACCGCCAGGGGGCGCCCAAAGCGCGGUGCCGCCGCGGGAAGCCAGGGACAGAGCCUCUCCGCUGCCCCCCGCCCCGCUGCCCCCCUCCCCGUCGUCCCUCGCCCCGCCACCCCCGCCCGGCGGCAGCCGGCCCGCCCCAGCACCGCUCCACUCCGCUCUGCCCUGCCAGCGGCAGCCGGCCGCGGAGGGGGCGAGUAUGCCGCGCAUCAGCAGCGGGCGCGGGGCUGGAUGCGCCCACCGCCAGCAGCGGCCGUCCCCUCUGCUGCUCCUCCUGUCAGCGCUGCUUGGGGCGCCGGCCCUGGUAGCUUUCAACUUGGACGAGGAGAAGCUGACAGUGUACAGCGGUCCCCCGGGCAGCUACUUCGGGUACUCGGUAGACUUCUACAUCCCCGACGCCAGCACGGUCAGUGUCCUGGUGGGAGCCCCCAAAGCCAACACCACGCAGCCAGACAUCGUGGAAGGAGGAGCGGUGUACUACUGCGGGUGGCCCGGCGCACAGUGCAGGCAGAUACCCUUCGAUGGCACCAACAACAGGAAAGUGAAAGUCAAUGGCACCAGGGAGCCUAUUGAGUUCAAGACAAAUCAGUGGUUUGGGGCAACAGUCAAAGCUCAUAAAGAAAAAGUGGUGGCUUGUGCUCCACUGUAUCAUUGGAGAACCCUUAAAGACAGCCCUGAGAAGGACCCGGUGGGCACCUGCUAUGUAGCAGUUCAGAACUUCAGUGCCUAUGCUGAGUAUUCACCUUGUCGCAACAGCAAUGCAGAUCCUGAAGGACAAGGCUUUUGUCAAGCAGGUUUCAGCUUAGAUUUUUAUAAGAAUGGAGACCUGAUAAUAGGAGGGCCUGGUAGUUUUUACUGGCAAGGUCAGGUCAUCACUGCCAGCGUUGCAGACAUCAUUGCCAACUACUCCUUCAAGGACAUUCUGAGGAAGCUGGCACGAGAGAAGCAGACAGGGGUGGCACCACCUUCAUAUGAUGACAAUUACAUGGGAUACUCAGUGGCUGCUGGGGAAUUUACUGGGGAUUCUGAACAAGAGUUGGUUGCUGGAGUCCCGAGGGGAGCACAGAACUUUGGCUAUGUCUCAAUUAUUAAUUCUUCAGACUUGACCUUUAUCCAGAACUUCACUGGUGAACAGAUGGCGUCUUACUUUGGAUACACAGUUGCAGUAGCUGAUGUCAACAAUGAUGGCUUAGAUGAUAUCUUAGUUGGUGCCCCUCUCUUUAUGGAACGUGAAUUUGAGAGCAAGCCUAAAGAAGUUGGGCAGGUUUACCUGUACCUGCAGGAGGAUUCCUUCCUCUUCCGAGACGCACAGCUCCUGACGGGCACCGAAGUGUUUGGGAGGUUUGGCAGUGCAAUCACACACCUUGGAGACCUCAAUCGAGAUGGAUAUAAUGACAUUGCUGUUGGUGCACCAUUUGCAGGAGAAGACAGAAGAGGGAAAGUGCUCAUUUACAAUGGGUACAGUAAGGGGUUAAAGUCUAACCCUUCCCAGGUUCUCAGUGGAGCUUGGGCCUCACAGUCCAUGCCUUCAGGAUUUGGCUUCACUCUGAGAGGAGACUCAGAUGUAGACAAGAAUGAUUACCCAGAUUUAAUUGUAGGUGCAUUUGGAGCUGGAAAAGCAGUUGUCUACAGAGCCAGACCUGUUGUGACAGUGAAUGCUCAGCUCAUUCUGAACCCCAUGAUUGUGAAUCCAGACAAUAAAACUUGUCAGCUCCCUGGCUCUCAGCUUUUGGUGGCCUGCUUUACUGUGAGAGUCUGUGCAGACUUCGAAGGUCAAAGCAUCUCAGAUGAGAUAGUGCUUAAAGGGGAACUGCAAUUAGAUUCACUGAAACAGAAAGGAGCUGUUAAAAGGACCCUUUUCUUUGAUCACCAUCAGUCACAUCAGCACUUCUCCAUUGCAAUAGAAAGACAGAAGCAGCUCCACUGCCAGGACUUUCUUGUUUAUCUCAGAGACGAAACAGAAUUUAGAGAUAAACUAUCUCCCAUCAAUAUAAACUUGAACUACAGUUUGGAUGACUCCAGGUUUGAAGACAGCUCCACUGUGAAGCCGAUACUCAACUAUUACCAGAAGAGCUCAGUGACAGAACAGGCUUACAUUCUGGUUGACUGUGGAGAAGACAACUUGUGCAUUCCUGACCUGCAGCUUUCUGCCGUGCCAGACAAAGAUCAGCUCAUAAUUGGGGAAGAGAACUGUGUCAUGCUCAUCAUAAACCCAAGAAAUGAUGGGGAAGGAGCCUAUGAAGCUGAGCUACACAUAAGGAUCCCACCUGAAGCAGAUUACACUGGGGUUGAGCGCAACAGCAAGGCACUGCGUGUGCUGAGCUGUGACUACAAGCAGGAGAACGACAGCAGGAUGGUGGUUUGUGACCUGGGCAACCCCCUGGCGGCCGGCGCGAACUUCUCCACAGGCAUCCGAUUUUCUGUUCAGCACUUUGAAAAUGCAGAUUUCAGCAUCAAUUUUGAGCUGCAGAUAAAAAGUUCUAACAAGAUCAAUCCCACCAGCAAUUUAGUUAACCUCCACAUCAACAUCAGUGCUAUGGCUCAAGUACUGCUCAGGGGUGUUUCUCACCCCCCGACAAUUAUUUUACCACUUCACAACUGGGAACCCACAGAGGAACCUACAAAAGAGGAAGAAGUUGGCCCUUUAGUAGAACACAUCUAUGAGCUGCACAACAUGGGCCCCAGUGCCAUCAACCACACAGCUCUCCAAGUCGGGUGGCCUGCGGCCAGUCGAGAAGAAUCUCUGCUCUAUAUUCUUCACAUUCAGACCCAUGGGCCCCUGCACUGCCAGACCAGCUCUCCUCUUAACACCAUGCAAAUCAAGUUUGCUGUUCCACAAGACACUCCUGAGCUGGCUGCUUUUUUGUAUAAUUCCACCCUUUCCCAUGACAUCAGGAGAAGGGAUGUGGCAGUGGCAGAAGCACACAGGAGGAACUCUGCAAAAAUCCUGAACUGUACGAACGUGAAGUGCCUCCAGAUCUCCUGCACUGUGGGACAGCUGGAAAGAGGGAAGAGCGCAGCUCUCAAAAUCAGGUCCCGGCUGUGGGCCCAAACAUUCUUGGAGAGAAAGAAUGAUCUCUACACUCUUUCUUCCAACGUGUCCUUCCAAGUUCAGAGCAUGCCAUACAAAGUGCCACCAGCUCAGCUCCCCGAGGGAAGCAUAGCAAUCAGAACCUCUGUCGUUUGGUCCACUCCAAAUGUCUCCUUUGUGAUCCCUUUGUGGGUGAUAAUCCUAGCAAUACUUCUUGGACUACUGGUAUUAGCUAUGCUAACCCUAGCCCUGUGGAAGUGUGGCUUCUUUGACAGAGCCAGACCUCCUCCAGAUGACAUGGCUGACAGGGAGCAACUGACAAAUAACAAGACUACUGAUGCAUAG